UUUUUACCGCUUCCUCCUCCUCCCGCAGUCGCCCGCCCGCGCCCCGCGCGCCAGUCUCGCUCGAUUUUCGUGGUGUGUGGACGUUCGUGUGUUGCUCGAGAAUAAUAAUAAUUUACCACGGUCUCAUCCUUUGUCCUCAAAUUAUUCGAAAUAGAAACAAAACUUCAGCCGUGUUGUCAUUGACAACGACUUGGUUUGCGUGUAUUUAGCUGGUGAAAUUGACAGGUGUCCCGUCAAGCCGUGUUUCGUGGUGCGUCGACGGCCGACUCGUCGAGUGUCGAGUGAUUCCCGCACAGUCGUUCGAGCAUGAAUAAUAAAGAAGUAACCGGUGCUAACGUCGCGUGUCCCCCGGGAGCGGUCUGGUGAUCCGGGCGCAGUGUGGCGGCCGCGUUGGCGUGUGAUGAGGCGGUGACGGCUCGCCGCGGAGCGGUUGGAUGGCGGCUGUCAGCGGCCCCGCGCGGCACUCUCGCGUCUCCAUGAGUGUGUCCAUGUCGCUGAUGCAGGGCGGUACGCAGAGCGCGCCGCAGGGCGCCAUCCUGGCGGCGGCGGCGCCCUACUACCAAACGCCGGCCAUCCCGACCGACGUACAACCCGACCGCCCCAUAGGCUACGGCGCUUUUGGAGUCGUAUGGGCAGUGACGGACCCGCGCGAUGGCCGCCGCGUGGCUCUCAAGAAGCUGCCCAACGUGUUCCAGUCGCUCGUCUCCUCCAAACGCGUCUUCCGCGAGCUCAAGAUGCUCUGCUUCUUUAAACAUGAAAAUGUGUUAUCGGCGUUAGACAUCCUCCAGCCGCCAAGCCUCGACUUCUUCCAAGAAAUUUACGUAAUAACCGAACUGCUGCAGAGCGACCUGCACAAGAUCAUCGUGUCACCGCAACACCUCUCCGCCGACCACAUCAAAGUCUUCCUCUACCAGAUACUCAGAGGCUUAAAGUACCUUCACUCAGCGCGGAUUCUACAUCGAGACAUCAAGCCCGGCAACCUUUUGGUGAACAGCAAUUGCGUGCUGAAGAUAUGCGACUUCGGACUCGCGAGGGUCGAGGAGCCGGAUUCCACCAAGAACAUGACGCAGGAGGUCGUCACGCAAUAUUAUAGAGCACCUGAGAUCCUUAUGGGGGCGAAUCACUACACGGCGGCCGUGGACGUGUGGUCAGUGGGCUGCAUAUUCGGCGAGCUACUUGGUCGGCGCAUACUCUUCCAAGCACAGAGUCCCGUACAACAGCUGGAGCUAAUAACGGAGCUUCUCGGAACGCCGUCCCUGGAAGACAUGCGGUACGCGUGUGCGGGCGCGCGCGCUCACAUGCUGCGACGCGCGCCGCGCCCGCCCGCGCUGGCCGCGCUCUAUACGCUCUCCGUGCAGGCCACGCACGAAGCCGUGCACUUGUUAGCCCAGAUGCUAGUCUUCGACCCGGCAAAACGUAUUUCAGUAGUGGACGCGCUCGCACACCCAUAUUUGGAAGAGGGACGAUUGCGCUACCACUCCUGUAUGUGCAAGUGUUGCUACAGCGCGCCGCCCGCCGCAAGACACUACUCGCCCGACUUGGAGCCUGUUGCACCGCACGCUUUUCACGACGGUUGGGAGAGGAAACUUACUUCUGUCCAUCAGGUUAAAGAAGAGAUCCACAAGUUCAUAGCGGAGCAGCUGCAGACGUCGCGCGUGCCGCUGUGCAUCAACCCGCAGUCGGCCGCCUUCAAGAGCUUCGCAAGCCGUAGAACCAGUCCGAAAGCAAAAGUUUGUUCCCCUUUCAAGACAGCGGCAAAAUAUCUGCUGCUCUCGCCCGUGAUAUUUCUGUGCGCCGCCUAGCGCCCCGCCCUUCUACCGUCGCGCACCCCUCCGAACUGCCGCCCUCGCCGCACCAGUGGGAAUGACGCGAGACCAAGCGCGGCUUCGACAAGCGGCGCGCCGUCUACGCCGAUACGCGAUAACCGACCUUAGCAA